GAUGAAAAUCCCGGGGCAGCAACCAAGCAGAGACAACUCUACAUUCAGCUAUGCCGCUGCUGCAAAUCUCGGUUGAAUUUACAUUACCAACACUUUUUUACAGAUAAUUAGAAAAGGUGCAGAAAUCAGUGUACCAAAACGGAGGAUGCCGAAAGGUUUCUAAUGACAUAAAGCAACGAAAAACCGAACAAGCGAAGAAGAACGAAUCGUAAUAAGUUGACCUAUACAAGUUGUCAGGAGCACACAGCAGCUUUGUCUUUCUGUGAGGAAAUGCUACCGUAUUUUUUUCCUUGUGUGCUUCUGAAGGCUUUAUUUCUAUCUAAAACAGGCGCUGCGGUGGACUGCGUGAAACACUGAUAGCCGUUAUUUUAAUGCGUUGCAGCUAGCUUUGAUUUUUUUUGUUUGUUUGUUUUUCUUCAAAGAAACUCAUUGUGGAAGAAUAUAAGUUAUUUUCUCCAAGAGGUUACACAAAACGGCUGGCCAAGUAGUCACGAAUGAUGGUGAAAUUCCAUAACUCUGACCUAUGGAUUGCUUGGGUAGCUUUACUGUGUAUGGAGGGCUGCGUGAGGUCCCUGGAGGUGACAGUGAGUCAGAGCAGUGUCCAGGUGGCCCGGGGACAGACGGCCAUCUUGCCCUGCACCUUCACCACCAGCGCCGCCCUCAACAACCUCAACAUCAUCUGGAUGGUCACCCCCCUGUCCAACGCCAACCAGCCCGAGCAGGUGAUCAUCUACCAGGGCGGCCAGGUGUUCAGUUUGGCUAACCAUCUGAACGGGCGGGUGGGCUUUGUCGCCACCAUGCCCAGCACAAGUGCCUCUGUCUUCAUCAACAACACGCAGCUCUCUGACACAGGGACGUACCAGUGCCUGGUCAACAACCUCCCGGACAGAGGGGGGCGCAACAUCGGCGUCAUCGGGCUCACCGUGCUAGUGCCGCCCUCCAUCCCCUCAUGCCGUAUCCAGGGAAGUCUGGACGUGGGGAGUGACAUUAUGCUAAUGUGCGCCUCGGAGGAAGGGAUCCCCACGCCCACCUACGCCUGGGAGAAGCUCGAGUCCGUGCCCAAGCUGCCCAACACUGCCAUGCAAGACCAGAUGCAAGGCACGGUAACGCUGCGGAACAUCAGCACCAGCAACUCGGGCCUGUACCAGUGUACGGCCUCCAACGGCAUCGGGAAGAGCACCUGCCUCCUUAACCUGCAGGUGGUGGCACCCCAGCCACAGAGCGUGGGCCUCAUUGCUGGCACCAUCGCCACGGGCGUGCUGGCCGUCAUCAUCUGCUCGCUCCUGGUGGUGGUCACGCUCUUCUACUGGAAGAACAAGAACAAGUACGAGGAGGACGAGAUCCCCAACGAGAUCAGGGAAGAUGACCUGCCUCCCAAGAGGUCGUCGUCGGUCAAGGCAUUCCACGCCGACGCCUCGUCGUCGGAGAACGACACCCUGACGUCCACCAACACCUACAACAGCCGCUACUGGCACAACCCCAAGCCCAACUACGACACCAACUCCUACACGCGCUACAACGGCGACACGCGGCAGACCUUCUCGUCUGGCCACUCGGCCACGGGGCCCGCCGCCCCGGCCCGCCCCGCCUACACCAACGGCAGCCACACCCUCCCCCCGCCCAAGACUCUGGUGGUCACCACCAACUCCGCCCCCUCCCCGCCCGCCAUGGUCCGGAGCAACGGCUCCAUCAGCCUGAAGCCGGUGGCCCCCCACGGGCAGCAGCACACGCACUCGUACGCCGUGAGCCAGGCCACGCUGGAACGCAUGGGCGCCGUGCCCGUCAUGGUGCCCGCACAGAGCAGAGCCGGCUCGCUGGUAUAAGACUGCCCUCCCCCCGACUCCGUCCCCUCCUCCUCCUUCUCCUCC